AAACUCCACGGCGCAGAUCGGAGGAGUUUGCCAAACCCUAGCUCUCUCUCUACCUAUUCUUCAGCUCUCCUUUCUCUCAAGCUUUUCAUCAGCUCAAUCAGAUAUGGCAGGUCUGGCUCCCGAAGGUGCUCAAUUUGAUGCUAAACAGUAUGAUUCUAAGAUGAAUGAGAUCCUCUCAUCUGAAGGCCAAGAGUUCUUUACAUCGUAUGAUGAGGUUCACGACAGUUUUGAUGCCAUGGGUUUACAAGAAAAUCUUCUGCGUGGAAUCUAUGCUUACGGUUUUGAGAAGCCUUCUGCAAUUCAGCAAAGGGGAAUUGUUCCUUUUUGUAAAGGUUUGGAUGUGAUUCAACAAGCUCAGUCAGGAACAGGCAAAACAGCAACCUUCUGCUCGGGAAUUUUGCAGCAACUUGACUAUGGUUUGGUCCAGUGCCAGGCUUUGGUGUUGGCACCUACCAGGGAGUUGGCACAGCAGAUUGAGAAGGUUAUGCGGGCACUGGGUGACUAUCUUGGUGUUAAGGUUCAUGCUUGCGUAGGUGGGACUAGUGUUCGUGAGGAUCAGCGAAUUCUUCAAGCUGGUGUGCAUGUGGUGGUUGGCACUCCUGGACGUGUGUUCGACAUGUUGAGGAGGCAAUCACUUCGUGCAGAUUACAUUAAGAUGUUUGUUUUGGAUGAAGCUGAUGAAAUGCUAUCUAGGGGUUUCAAGGAUCAGAUCUAUGACAUUUUUCAGCUUCUGCCAUCAAAAGUUCAAGUUGGUGUUUUCUCUGCUACUAUGCCUCCUGAAGCCCUUGAGAUCACCAGAAAGUUUAUGAACAAACCUGUUAGGAUUUUGGUUAAGCGUGAUGAGCUCACCCUUGAGGGAAUCAAGCAGUUUUAUGUUAAUGUUGACAAGGAAGAAUGGAAGCUUGAGACACUUUGUGAUCUCUACGAGACCCUUGCUAUCACUCAGAGUGUCAUUUUUGUUAAUACAAGGCGCAAAGUGGAUUGGCUUACAGAUAAGAUGCGAAGCCGUGACCACACAGUCUCUGCUACCCAUGGUGACAUGGACCAGAACCAGCGUGACAUAAUCAUGCGUGAGUUUCGUUCUGGUUCCUCCCGUGUUCUCAUCACAACUGAUCUGUUGGCACGUGGUAUUGAUGUGCAGCAAGUGUCACUUGUAAUUAAUUAUGAUUUGCCAACUCAACCAGAAAACUACCUCCAUCGUAUUGGUCGAAGUGGUCGAUUUGGAAGAAAAGGUGUUGCCAUCAAUUUUGUAACAAGGGAUGAUGAAAGAAUGCUAUUUGACAUUCAGAGGUUUUAUAAUGUGGUGAUUGAGGAGCUGCCUUCCAAUGUGGCUGAUCUUCUGUGAGGAGCUGAUUUUGCUCUUUUUGUUAUUGAGGCAGAUUUCUGGUUCCUGUUUUGAAAGUACUAUUUAUUUUUGUUUUUCUGUCUUUUGUUUUUAAUUGAUGCUGUAAAACCUUUUAAGAAUGCCUGUUGCAUACUUGCUAAGCGAUGUCCAAUUGGUUUUUCAUGUUGUGAAAAGUUUUUAUCUUG